UAUCAAUAUUUUGCUUAAACAUAUGGCAUGCCUCAUUAUGGCUCAUUUAUCUACGGUCCUUGUGAUGGAAUAUAUUAUUUGUACCACAAUUACUUUGGUUGUCGGGCUUUGUGGAAUCCAGCUAUCAAUGAACUGAAGGUCUUGCCAGAAAUAGUUUCCAAGUAUUCCAUAGUUAGAGGCUAUCAGUAUGAAGUUUAUGGUUUUGGGCUGGAUCCUGCUACAAACGACGAUUAUAAGGUGGUUGUUAUCAAAGAGCGGCGUUGUCUGGCUACCAAUGAUGAUGAUGAAAGUGAUUACACGAGGCAACCCCAAUAUGUCCUGGUCUACUCCUUAAGGACAGAUUCUUGGAAAUACUGUGGAGAUCUUACUAAAUAUUACUGUUUGGAAAUGAAUAGAUGCUACAUUUAUGUGAAUGGAUGUUGCUAUUUGUACGGAGCGAACCAAUGUUUUUCAGAUGAAGUGAUCAUAUCUUUUGACAUGGCUAACUAUGCACAACCCAGUUCAAAUUGUCUAGGUGUGUGAUGAUUCUCUUGCCUUUUUGUCUCUUCAUGAGAAUGAGAAGUUUUGUGAUGUUUGGACAUGGGAUGAGGGGUUCUAUUGGACCAAAAAGUUAAGUGUGGGACCUUUCUUUGAUUGUUAUCAACCUCUUGGCAUAUGGAAGGGCAACAGGCUAAUACUCAAAAAAUCGGGUAAGGUAGUUGUAUUUGAUCUCGAGUCAGAAGAAGCAAGUGAGCGUGAGUUCCCAUGCCCUAUGUUUUGUGAAGGUUUUUUCGAGUACAUGGAAAGUCUGGUUUCAUUCAAUAAAACAAAAAAAAAAUUAGUCAUUAAUUCAUUAAUCGUUCUUUUCAAUCAUGACUCCCUUGCUAUUGCUUGUACGUGUUUUCUUUGUGGAUCGGAACAGAAGAUAAAUUAAG